UACCUGACAACAUAAAAUAAAGGUAAUGAACCGUAAAGAUCUAAAGCGCUGCUCCACGGUAGGUAGUGAAGCUCAAAGUCAAACGGGUGUGGCUUGACGGCUUUACAUGGGAGACACUUGUUGUUUUAGAUAUGGACGCUUUUAUCCGAGGGGAAACAUACCGAGGCAACACUUGAAAGACUGGACUGAAAGACAACUGAACACUUUUUAUUAAUACAAGUUUUGGUUAUUAAACGACAGGAGAACGAAGGUCAGACAGUACACAGCACUUGAACAGUGGCCGUUGGUCAGGUGUUCGCCUCACUUCUCUUCAUCCCUUACCACACUCGUCGGAAUUUAAUCUGUGCUGGUCAGACAGAUGUCCUAUAAGAGGUGGUGUGUCGUUUGGCUCCUAGUUCCAGGAACUGCUUUGCUGCUGUAUUUAACGUAUAACCCUGUAAGAAGGAAAUUGGGGAAACAGGAGGAACCAACGUACCCUUUUGUGAGAAAAACACAUAAUGACAAUAAAACAGGAGUGGAAGACUCAAUUGAGGGGGAACCGGAUAUGUACCAUGUCGCUUACCCCCGAAAAUAUAAAUUCAUCAUUGACCAGCCACAUAUUUGUGAAGAGAAAAAACCUUUCGUGGUGGUCAUUGUGCCUGUGCCCCCUGAGAACAUUGAGGGUCGCGAUGCCAUCCGAAACACAUGGGGUGGAGAAAAGCCUUUUGCGGACAAGGUGGUGCUUGUUCUGUUUCUUUUGGGCUCACGUAGCGGAACCGGUAAAGAGGCAUUACAGGAGCAACUUAACAACGAAAGCAAGCACUACAAAGACCUUCUGCAGAGUAACUUUCAGGAUUCCUAUAGGAAUUUAACUAUUAAAACUAUGGUGAUGAUGGAAUGGCUAAGCGAGAAGUGUUCACAGGCGUCCUAUGCUGUAAAGGUGGAUGCAGACGUGCUCCUCAACGUCAGAAACCUCAUAAACAUGCUUGCGAAUCCGGAUACACUGAAAAGCAAUUACAUGACCGGUCUAGUGUGGUAUGAAAGCCCUGUAUUGAGAGAUCCAUCUAACAAGUUUUAUAUGCCAUACAAUGUGUUUUCUAAGGACCAUUACCCUCCGUAUCCUCUCGGCAUGUGCUACAUCUUUUCUACAGACCUUCCGCUAAAGUUUCUACAACAGUCAAGGCAAAUUAAACCUAUUUAUAUAGAGGACGCAUAUCUUGGAAUGUGCCUGGAGCGCCUGGGUAUCGUCCCUACCAAACCACCGAAUAUGGACCAGUUUGUGGUCAUACCACCAAAGCAGUACAAUCGAUGUUAUUAUACUACACUAAUAGCCGUGAUGACGGAAAGCACAGACCAGCUGGUUACCUAUUGGACAGAUAUCAACCUUUCUAGGACAGCCUGCUAAGGUGUUUAUAUGAUAUAAUGCAAUAUCAAGAAAAAAAUAAUUUAUACAAUAUUUUUGAUGGAUGGACCCAAAGUUUCCUUGACUUCCUCAACAAUCUAAAUGAACAAAAUACAACCAGUCUCUUCAGAAUCUGUCCAGCCCUAAAUUUCUGAAAUAGCAUCCAGCAUUCAUACUAGCCUACAUUAAUCUGCAUUUAAAGCUACCCACCCAUAUGAAUGAGGGCGUGUGCUUAAUUAUGUAAGGAUUAGUUGGAAGAUGAAUUGAACUAAAAUGAAAACGUGACCUGUGUUAUAAACUUUUUAAGACGUUAUUUUAUUUGAACCCAUACACAUCCUAGAGAAAUUGUAAUUUUCAGGAACAAUAUGGACAAAAUAAAGGUACUUGUAUGAAACAA